GUCCAUGAUGCUAGAACUUGAUCCAAGUUUUAGUUCCGUCGGUUCCGUCCAAAUAUUUUUUACGUCCACGUUACAAAGUAAUCGAAAAGUGAAAUUCUGGAGACGACCUUUUAUCUUAUAUUCCUCUGCUACUUGUCCGAAGUGUAAGGAGCAAAUAUCCUGUCUGAUGUAGAAAUUGAUACAGAUGGACUAGCAAUAAUAUUUUUCACGCAAGUGCAGAAACGAUGGCUGAUAGGUCAUAGUUCGUUUUGACUGCGAGUGCCGACCUGUAAACACCAACCUGUGUGCUGAGCGAAUAUUCUGCAUCUGUCUGUUACUGCUUAACGCUAUUUGCAAAGUGAUGAACAAAUAAAUGAUACGAACUAGACGAGCAAACGAAAUUGAACUAAUUGAAGAGGCAUAUAACAAUGGCCGAGACAGAUGUGUAUAAUUGCAUGAAGAUCCAAAGCAAGCCUUACAGUGUGAAUGACAUAGUCACGAAUUUGUAUAACAAGUACAACAAAAGUGCGGUUGAAAAGGCUCUAAAUAAAUUGGUGUCGGAUGGGAAGGUGCUCGAAAAGGUCUACGGCAAACAGAAGAUAUAUUGCGUCGUCCAAGAAUCGACACAUGACGUUUACGAGUUCAUGAGGAUCGAGAAGGAGCUAGAGAGUCAUGCCAAUGACUUUGAGAAUAAAUAUCGGGAAGUCGCGAAAGAGGUGAAGGAACAGGAGGCACUUUUAGCCUCUCUGAAGUCGACUUUGACGUUGGAAGAGGCACAAAAGGAGAAGGAUACUCUGCAACAAAGCGUGAGACAGUUGACACAUAAAUUGGACGAGUUGAUGGAGUCGGACGUUUCCAUCGAGGAUUUGCAAAAGUCUAAACGAAAGGCGCAGGACAAUCUAGAUAAAUACAAGCGCGAAUAUUUAAAGAGGAAAAAAAUGUGCGUUGAAAUAAUAGACUGCAUUCUGCAAAAUUUUUCUGGCAGCAAAGAUGAAUUGUACGAGGAAAUAGGUAUAGAUUCAACAACUGUGCCAUAAUCAGCGGUAGCUCGUCGUUCUCUAAUCGUUGCAAUUAUUGUAUUAUUUUUAUUCUUUGUCCUAAACCAACGGCAUACUAUUUUUCCUACUGGACUGCUUACGAGAGUCAAUCAGGAUUUAGUCUAAAGUUAUCCGAUUUAAAACUUGUUGGUUCUCGUAAGCGUCCUUGUGAAAAAGUAACGAAAUAAUUACUAGAAAAUGAUUGUAUAUCAGUA